GCUGGUAUGUUGUUUUAGAGUUGUGUAGAAGCGAACAUGUCUGGAAGAGGAAAGACCGGUGGUAAGGCACGCGCCAAGGCUAAGACUCGCUCUUCUCGAGCUGGUUUGCAGUUCCCCGUUGGCCGUGUUCACAGGCUUCUGAGGAAAGGCAACUAUGCUGAGCGUGUUGGUGCCGGUGCUCCCGUCUACUUGGCUGCCGUGCUCGAGUACCUGACUGCUGAGAUUCUCGAGUUAGCCGGCAACGCUGCCCGCGAUAAUAAGAAAACCAGAAUCAUUCCUCGCCAUCUGCAGCUGGCUGUGCGUAACGAUGAGGAGCUCAAUAAACUGCUGGGUGGUGUGACCAUCGCUCAGGGUGGUGUGCUGCCCAAUAUUCAGGCAGUGCUUCUGCCCAAGAAGACUGAGAAACCAGCCAAGAGCAAGUAAACUUUGACGAUACUCUUAUGAACAUCAACGGCUCUUUUCAGAGCCA